AUGGAAACAAGAAAACUCGCAUUAGAAGAAUUAAAAUCAUUUAUUAGCGAAUCAGAGCGUAGAAUCAAGAGCCUACUAGAUAGUCUUGGAUGGAGUAAAGCAAGUGUUCACAGUAUGAGCAUCUUUCUUUUACAGAAUGGCGUUGAAGGUGCGAAAGCUCAAUUGAACUUGCACGAAACAUUUCCUGCAUCCUUUCAAGCUACCAACAGUUCCUGUACUAUUCGAUUAGAUAACAUUAAACAAGCCGAAGCAAUAUUGGAAGAUGUGUAUCAAAAUUCCUCAUAUGAAUUAGGCGUUCCGUUAGAAGAGCUUGUGAACCGUAACCCACCGUCAAACCUGGAAGAUUUGCAUGUGAAUUUUACGCGAGAUGAGCGAUUGUCUUUGUAUCAGCAUGUGCUGAAAAACACUACCAAACCACCCGAUGUGCCGGAAAUCAAGAUAAGGUUUAAGCGUGAUGGGCAAUCUGAGGAAAAGGUCGCUUCUCUUACCGAAAUAGCAGCAAUGGAACGUGAUGCGCGAAGACGGAACCCGAAACAUAGAGUGUCCAAAAAACCGCUAACGUACAAGGAAGAAGUGAGACAUCUGAUACAGGUGCAAACCGAUGCAUUGGCCAAUCAUUUCCGCCAUUCUUCACACUCCACACAAGCAAGCGAUAAGAGCUAUAGCAAAAAAUCUAAAAGCUCCCGGAAAUCUCGUUCGAACACACCCGACCCAGAACGUAGCCACAAGAAGAAAAAACGUCACCGAAGUCGAUCCCGUGAGCGUUCACAAUCGCGUGAACGGAAACGGCAUAAAUCACACAAAAAACAUAAGAAAAAACACAAUAGAUAG